AUGCCACUACAAGACAAAGUCGUCACGAGUGACUUGGCCCACCACGCUACGGAUGAUGGGCUGGGUCAACGAUCCGUCCCCAUUUUGCAAGAUGAAGCUCAGGACAGUACCAAGGUCCAGAAUAAUCCAAACGAUGAGGGCAGCGAUGAAACAGGGAGACCUUGGUCGAUAUGGACACCGAAGCAGAGGAAGAUGAUCAUUUUGGCAGCUUCUUUCGCGUCAUUGUUAUCUCCCCUUUCAAGUCAGAUCUAUCUUCCCGCUUUGGACGUCAUCGCAAAAGAUUUACAUGUCACUGACAGCUUGAUCAAUCUAUCCAUUACGACAUAUGUGGUUGUUCAGGGUAUUGCACCGACCUUCACGGCUCAAUUGUCUGAUACGAUAGGCAGACGGCCUGUGUACAUGGUCUGUCUUCUUCUCUAUCUUGCUGCAAACCUCGGCCUAGCAUUCCAGAAUAGUUACAUCGCUUUGAUGGUUUUGCGAUGCCUCCAAAGUGCUGGUAGCAGUGGGACUGCCGCGUUGUCCUACGGGGUCGCCACUGACAUAACGACGUCCACUGAGCGUGGGACCUACGUGUCUUGGGCUGCUGCUGCGCCUAUGUUGGGCCCAACACUCGGACCGGUCAUAGGUGGGCUGCUCUCGAGAUAUGCAGGGUGGCAUUCUGGUUUCUGGUUUCUGGUUGCGGUUACUUGUGCUGUUGCCCUUCCUAUGUCGAUCUCCUUUCCCGAGACCUGCCGUAAUGUCGUAGGCGAUGGAUCUAUCCCCCCUCAGGAUUGGAAUAAGUGUUACACAAACAUUCGCCGCGAACGAAAUAUCCUCAACCAAGGCGUGGAGGUGCCUUCCGACAGACAUAUUUCACGGGCUCGUAUCAGUCUUCCUCGCCUGCCUAACCCUUUUGGGAGUCUCGUCUUGAUCACCCAACGAGAAUGCGGGUUUGCGCUACUAUACAGUGCGAUCUUGUGUUGCUCUUUCUAUGUAACUCUUUCUGCGAUCCCGUCUCAGUUCAGCAAGACAUACCAUUUCAACGAGCUACAAAUCGCCCUCUGCUAUAUCCCAUUUGGAAUUGGGAGUUUAGUCGCAGCAAUCAAUCGCGGUCGGAUGAUCGAUACCAACUUUGAACGCCACGCCAAACGCUUGGGAGUUGACACGGACAAUAACAAGCAGACUGACCUUAAAGACUUUCCGAUCGAACGUGCGCGUCUCGAAGUGGCUGUUCCAAUGAUAAUAUUGGGAAGUGCGUGCAAUAUUGGUUUUGGCUGGACAGUACAAUGCAAGACCAAUCUGGCGGGCCCCUUGAUUCUUUUGUUCGUCAUUGCCUUCUGCACUUCUUCCUCCCUCAAUUGCGUCGCCUGUCUGAUGCUGGACUUGUAUCCUGGCCAAGCAGGUACUGUGACGGCUAGCAAUAAUCUGCUCAGAUGUCUCCUGGGUGCGGGCGCGACUGCGGCGACUGUUCCGCUGAUCAACGCCAUCGGGUUCGGUUGGGCAGUGAUGGUGUUCGCAAUCCUCAACGUCGUUGCUUUGCCACUUUUAUGGUAUGUCAUGAGGGAAGGACCCAAGUGGAGGACUGGAACUUUGAACAAAAGGCUCCAUGCAGCGGCCAAUCAUUGA